CUUUCUCCACCAGCAAACAGCCCCACAAUGUGCCUCCACCGCGCGUAAAUGCGCCUUUUUGAAGGGUUGCGCUCUCAGCUGCGCCGACGCAAACGCACCCGGACGCUCGUAUGGGAAUCUAACGCGCCGCUCCUCGUCUCCAAGCGGGCUUAUAACGCUGUGUUGCGCCUCUGUGUUAAAGGACAGUCGAGGAGGAGGAGAUCCCACAGCCCUUGUGUAGGUCCGGACGUCUGAGUGCUGAGACGCUUGGACAGAAGCCUUCUAAAACAUUUGCACUGUGGAAAAAGUGUUGAUAGUGUGGCCUGUGUCCUCUGUGCUGACCUCAUGGUGUAAGCUUGUGUAAACAUGAGCAUAAGCAGUGAUGAGGUCAACUUCCUGGUGUACAGAUACCUACAGGAGUCAGGGUUUUCCCACUCGGCCUUCACGUUCGGCAUAGAGAGCCACAUCAGCCAGUCCAACAUCAACGGCGCCCUGGUGCCCCCUGCUGCCCUCAUCUCCAUCAUCCAGAAGGGCCUGCAGUAUGUGGAGGCAGAAGUCAGCAUCAACGAGGACGGCACGCUGUUCGACGGCCGGCCGAUCGAGUCCCUGUCGCUGAUCGACGCCGUGAUGCCCGACGUGGUGCAGACGAGGCAGCAGGCGUACCGGGACAAGCUGGCUCAGCAGGCCGCUGCCACCGUGCCUCCCGCCCCCAGCGUCAACCUGCAGGCCGGCGCCAAGAACGGCGAGAACACGGCCAACGGAGAGGAGAACGGCGGGCACGUCUUACCGAAUAACCACGCCGACAUGAUGGAGGUGGACGUGGACGUGGAGAUCCCCCAGAGCAAAGCCAUGGUGCUCCGAGGUCACGAGUCCGAGGUGUUCAUCUGCGCGUGGAACCCCGUCAGUGACCUGCUCGCUUCCGGGUCAGGGGACUCCACCGCCCGCAUAUGGAACCUGAGUGAGAACAGCACCAGCGGUUCCACGCAGCUUGUGCUCCGGCACUGCAUACGAGAGGGUGGCCAGGACGUUCCCAGCAACAAAGAUGUCACGUCAUUAGACUGGAACAGUGAGGGCACGUUAUUAGCCACAGGAUCCUACGACGGCUUUGCCAGGAUCUGGACUAAGGACGGUAACCUCGCCAGCACCCUGGGCCAGCACAAAGGACCCAUCUUUGCGUUGAAAUGGAACAAAAAAGGAAAUUUCAUCCUCAGUGCCGGUGUAGACAAGACAACAAUUAUCUGGGACGCUCACACAGGGGAGGCCAAGCAACAAUUUCCCUUUCAUUCAGCUCCCGCGUUAGACGUGGACUGGCAGAGCAACAACACGUUCGCGUCCUGCAGCACGGACAUGUGCAUCCACGUCUGUAAGCUGAGUCAGGACCGGCCCAUCAAAACAUUCCAAGGACACACGAACGAGGUGAACGCAAUCAAAUGGGAUCCAACCGGCAACCUGCUGGCCUCCUGCUCUGAUGACAUGACGCUUAAGAUCUGGAGUAUGAAGCAAGACACGUGUGUUCAUGACCUGCAAGCUCACAACAAAGAAAUUUACACCAUCAAGUGGAGUCCGACUGGCCCUGGCACCAACAAUCCCAACGCCAGUCUCAUGCUCGCUAGCGCAUCCUUCGACUCCACCGUGCGGCUAUGGGAUGUGGACAGGGGCAUCUGCAUCCACACGCUAACCAAACACCAGGAGCCUGUGUACAGCGUGGCCUUCAGUCCUGACGGGCGGCAUCUGGCCAGCGGAUCCUUCGACAAGUGUGUCCACAUCUGGAACACACAGACCGGGGCGUUGGUGCACAGCUACAGGGGCACAGGGGGCAUUUUUGAAGUUUGCUGGAACGCGUCUGGUGACAAAGUGGGUGCGAGUGCAUCGGACGGCUCUGUUUGUGUAUUAGAUCUGAGGAAAUAACGCUGCUUGCUGGAAGCCAUGGACCGACUAUGAAUGUGUACAUAGCCAAAAUGACUGUCCCCAUGUACUGUUACAGUCCCUAUCGUACCAUGGCAGCCGCAGACAGAGGAAACAGAGUGGAAACGAUUCUAGCCCACGGGAGGGGACUUUUGUAAGUAACGCCGGCGGAGAAAAAUACAAAAGAAGAAGAUGAAAAAAAAGGACUGGUAUAUUUACCAAAUUUGGAAGAUAUUUUACUAUUUGUUCUUCAAACCAAUCUCAUCAAAAUAAAUGAGCGAAAAGAUUUUAA